UUCUAUUAUCCCUCCCCUUCCAUCCUUUGCUCACAUUGCUCUUCCCUUCGGUGGGAAAAUUCCUGCUGGAACAUCCACGGUGGAUUUGAACUCGGGAAUUCUAUUGGAAAAGCAGGGGUCUGCAACACACGCUGGAGGAUUUUCUUUCUUAUAUUGUUCAGCCCUCCCGGAUGCAAUUCAAGAGAAGAAGACAGUGCUUCAGAGCGGAACCUGCGGCUGCUGUGUGCCAUUUGAAAGUGAUGGGACAUACAGCCAAGUAUGAAAACCAUCAUAUUGAUGUGGAUCAUGGCUUCCUGAUCAGAUCUUCCUGCCCACUAUCUUCUCUUUCCUUGGACUCAUCAUUGGCUCAGUGAUGAACCACACACCCAGUCCCCACAUGACAGAGGCCGCCAAGUCUGGGCCGGGCUUGUUGUGCGGCCUGGGCCUGGGCCCGGAUCGGGUGCGUUCCCCGGACAGCCUGACCUACACACCCAGCCCGUCAGGGGGAACGCCCAGUUCCAGUCCUCCUCUGCUGAUGUCUCCAGGGCUGGGCUGCGAUGGCGGCGGGGACUGGGAAAGCCGCGAGGAGCUGCGUCUGCGUGAGCUGGAGGAGGCUCGGGCACGGGCGGCUCAGAUGGAGAAGACAAUGCGCUGGUGGUCAGACUGCACGGCCAACUGGAGGGAGAAGUGGAGUAAAGUGCGGGCUGAACGCAAUAGGGCACGGGAUGAGGUCAGGCAGCUGAGACAACGUCUGGACGCCCUUACCAAAGAGCUGACGGGGGCACGGCGGGAGCGUCAAGAGCUGGUGGCCGAAAACGAACAACUGCGUCUAGAGGCCCAAAGAGUCCGAGCUGAACAGAACUCCCCAGCGAAUACUUCCACUGCACCAGCAUCCAACUCCUCAACUGCCUCCACACACUCCAACCAGCCACAGGAAGCAGACAUCAAGCAGGACAACCAGGUUGAGGAGAACAUGAGAGAUGGCCCAGGCUCUCCAGAGCAGGAACCUGUGAGAGAUGUAGACACUGACAAACCAGACAAGCAGAAGGAGUUGGAGUUAUUGGAGGCUCUUCUCAGGGCGAAGUCAGAGGCUCCAGACUCUUGGGACAUUCGCAGUGCGAGUAGCUUGCGCUCAGUUCUCAGUCGGCAGGACCGGAGCAGACUGCUGUGGGAGGAUCUGGCUGCCCUGGAGGAGGACUCUGGCAAGCUCAACGCUCUCCAGCUACGCCUGGAUGAGUCCCAGAAAGUCCUGCUGAAAGAACGAGAGGAUAAGCAUGCGCUCAUUAAGAACAUUGAGAAGCUGGAGGUGGAGCUGAGCCAAUGGAAACUCAAAUAUGAGGAACUGAACAAGAGCAAACAAGAGGCCCUAAAACAGCUGAACUUCUUGAAAGAGGUGCAUCAGGAUGAGCUGGGCCGCAUGUCUGAAGAUCUGGAGGACGAGUUGGGGGCUCGUACCAGCAUGGACAAAAAACUGGCAGAGCUCCGUACAGAGAUGGAGCGUCUGCAGGUGGAGAACGCAGCAGAGUGGGGUCGUCGGGAGCGUCUGGAGACGGAAAAGCUGGCUCUGGAGAGGGAAAACAAAAAGCUGCGCACCCAGAUGGAAGACCUGGAGGAGCAGCUGGCACGCAAACGCAGGCAGGCCGCCAGCGCCCUGGACACCGACCUCAAGACCAUCCAAUGUGAGCUGUUUGAGAGGAACAAGGAGCUGGCAGAUUUGCGGCACGUCCACUCCAAGGUUAAAAAACAGUACCAGGAGAAGAUGGCCGAGCUGGCACAUGCCAACCGGCGUGUGGAGCAGCACGAGACGGAAGUGAAGAAGCUCCGACUGAGGGUGGAGGAACUAAAGAAAGAGCUGGGCCAGGCUGAAGAUGAGUUGGAUGAGGCUCAUAAUCAGACCAGAAAGCUACAGAGGUCCUUGGAUGAGCAGGUGGAGCAGACAGAGAACCUACAAGUUCAGCUAGAGCAUCUACAAUCCAGGCUAAGGCGUCAGCAGAAUCCGGGCCUCUUUGGCAAGAUGAGGACAUCAGCUUCAUCCCGUUUUGUGCCAGAGGACGCAGACGCCCCCCCUAGCGACCCAGAUGAAGAUGAGGAAGAAGAACUGCAGCUCCAGAUCCCCUAAACUGUUCGCUUCAGACCUGGGAAUGUACGAAAGACUCAAAGAUCGCACCCAAACAUUUCACCUUCCCCUUCAUUUCAUCUCUCAGCUGAAUACAUAAGAGGACUCACACUUCACAACCUUCGACAGACAGAUAAACACAAUGAUUUUUCAGUAGUUUGAAGGGCCAAUACAGUGCUUUAAACUAAAAUCUGCUUGUAUCUCCACCACUUUUAUUGCUGGUUAUAGUCCAAAAUGGCACAUAGAUGAUCAAUAUAAAGAUACACAUGGUUCAUAGACCAUUGUUAGACCAAGUUAUUGAAAACCUAUUACCUUUGAGGGUCAUAUGAGCACUAAAAAGCCCCUUUGAUGCUCCUAGAAUGCACAUGGUAUUAUGGUAAGCGUACAGAUGCAUUUGAACACAGUUCAAGCCUGAAAAAAGCCAAUUGUAACUUGUUCAAGUUUUUAAACCAUGAUAUACCCUGGAAAUAAAUUAACAAGGUCUGGACACAUCACAUUAUCUGAUCUGCAAAAGCACCCAUGCGUCCACACAGUACCUUUGUGUUUCUGCUUCAUGUACUGUUUACAUGCGUGUUCCAUGCCUCCUCUUUUUUUUAAUUGCCUGCAUUAUAAUUUUUUCUUGUCACCCUUUCAUUUCAAUUGUUCCCUUUUGCUCUUCCCAUUCAUUUAGAUU